AUGGGCAAGAGAAAUAAGGGUGUGUUUCAAAAGUGUGACUAUGAUAAUUGGCCACAGACUCUGUUCUGGAUAACACCUUCCAUCCUUGUGACCAUCUUCCUAGUUCCAUCUCUGGCCCUGUCGAACACAAGUAACAGCCACCUUCUGGAUGGCUCUGUGGGAACCCAGACUGUCCAUGUCGACGCCCUCCACCUUACAGUCAGCAUCCAAGACAGCAAUGUUUUGAGUGAAUGGAAUGGAAUUGUGGACUACAAGAAUGCCCUCCUGACAGCAAAGCUGUUUAGCAAGAUGGCCUGUGUCCUGGCCAAGAUGGACCGAGCAGUGUUCCCAAGUUUGGAUGAUGUUAGGGAGGCCCUGGGCAAGCAGGCUUCCAGUCACUACUUACCCACACGUGGACUGACCUACACAGUUUUACCCAGCCGGGUUAAGAAUUUGGCCCAAUUCGGAGCAUCUAUCAAUGACCUGUGCAGAGCAGUCCCCACCUACUUUGCCCAGCAGCAGAAAGAAGGUACUGCCCUGGCAAUGGACCCAAACUCCUGCUCUGAGGUCCAACUUCUGUCUUUCAUGGGCCUGUCCAUCUGUGGUGAGAUCCCUGGGCUCUGA